GUUCAAGAACGUCAGUGUCAAAACCAAUCUUCGACUGUGCAGUACUCGACUUUCUUUCAAUAAAUAAAAUAAGAAAAUUAAUCAAACCUAAGAUGAUAAUUUGCACAUGUUUACUUAGUUCUUUGGCAUAUCAGUGAAGCAAUAAUCUAGUCAUUAUGGAAGUAACAAGUGGCGCUGAAGAUGCGUUUGUGCGCGAAUGGACACCUUGCAAUCAUAUUUUGAAUUUAAUUCCACCUCGUAUUUCUACGGGUAUAUUUUCUAGUGAACUGUGUUUGACUUGUGUGGACGCUGUGAGUGACUACAUAGCGCUGGGCACAAACGUGGGUUUAGUGUACUGGUAUGACAGGAAAAAGGGCAAUAUCCAGAGGCUACGAUGCGAGGCCGCAGCGACCCCUAUCACCUUCGUAAAGAUCGUGAACACCGUGGAUUACAUGGUGGGCGCCGGCAACGCGGCGGGACAGGUCACGGUGUUCCAAAUACCCAAGGAGCACCCCGAGAAUAUCCCUGACACACUGAAGCCUAAAGUGGAACCGAAGGUCGAGAGGUACACAAUCAGUGACUUGCACAAGGGAAAAAUAACCGCCAUCGAGUGGUCAAAGAACGGAAUGCGGCUGUUCUCCGGGGACAAGAACGGCGUCAUCAUCAUGACCGAGAUCGACUUCUACAUGCACCUCUGCAAAUCCAGCGAGAUAGUGAACGAAGAGCACGAAAUCGUACAAAUGAGCUACUAUCAGAACACCCUGUUGGUGUCCAGCUUGUAUCGCACGAUAGUGUGCGAGAAGCGAGACGGCAAGUGGUCCAUCAACCAAAUAGGCAAGCGGGAGAGGAAGAGCCUUUGUCAACUCGGCGCGGUGUUCCAAUACUCUUACUCCCGAGGCGGCGCGGCCGUCGCGUACUGCGCGCGUCCUGGGUUGAGGCUGUGGCGCGCCGACAGGACCGGGCAAGUGCUGCAUACACUUAUGUUCAAGGACGCGAUAUCCAACCCCCUGACCAUCGCCGAGCUCCUCAACCCGUCCUCGCGCAAGCACAACCAUGCCGACAUGGAGUACAACCUGGGCCCGCUGCAUGUAUUCAGGGAGCAUUACCUCGUGGCGCACAACGAACACUUCCUUUACGUGCUCGACCCCGACACACUGAGGGCUACAGCUGUCGUAGAUGACUUGAGAAGGAUCCUGUCAGUGGCGGUGAACAAGGACGAGAUCUUCGUGCUAGAGGGAGGCCGCUCGCUCGUGCGUCUCGCUCACGCGCCCGAGCCCGCCGCGCUGGCCGCAGACGAUUCAAUCAACCUGAUGACGAAAUCGUUGACCAAUUCGAUCCAGCAAGUCGUGAACACAGUGCGGGACGUGACCCUCGACCAGACGGCGUUUAUCACCAGCGUGUUGGAGGCGCCUAACUGGCUGACUAAGGAUGCGAAGGACGCAACAGUCGCAGAAGAGUGCUUCGAACUGCCACCCGUCAGGCAACUCCCUGACGUUUCUCGCGACGUUCUCGAGUCCAUCAUAAACGAGUUCAAAGACGUGUCGUCGGAGGUGGAAGAGAUCAGGAGGGUCAAGUCCGAGGAGCUGCAGAAGAAACUCAAGCUAUAUAACAGCAUAAUGGAGAAGAAAUGCGACUCGGAGCUGAUCCACUCCCGCCGCAGCCGGCGCCGGGCCGGCUCGGGCGCCGCCAGCCCGCGCGCGCUCACGCCGGCGCGCGGCGCCACCACCGCGCCCUGCCUCAUGCACGUCAGCGUCUACGGAAACAACGACCAGCAGAACGACGACCUCCUAGAGAAGCAAAUAGAAGAAAAAGAGAAAAUCCUAGCCAAAAUGCUCAACCUGGACUCCCUUAGCAUCACCACCAAAAUAGAAGACUGUCCCAAAGAAAAAUAUGUACCACAAAUCAAAGAACCAGAAAUUGUCACCCCGAAACAUAAAAUAGAUAACAAGGAAGUAGACUUAGUGCCCAAGAUUGUAAAGUUACCCAAUAAUUGGAAUUUAGAGAAUAUAGAGUUGAGAUUGGAAAUGCAGGCGAAUGGUAUAAAGGAUGCGAAGAAUUUGAUGUCUCCGGAGGAACAUUCGGAUAGCGAGUGGGAGAUCGUUUGAUAGUUGGUUACAACUUAGGAUACCCUCACAUUUUUGGAGUUUACUCCUUAAGGCCAGUCCAGGCAACAAUUUGGCCAAUCUGAUUAAUUGUCUGAUUAAAUCAGGAGGUGUGGACGCAAGAAUACCAAUUUGAGGACGUUUGGGUAGGCGUAGUAUUUUUUUUAAUUAGAGCGCCCAAAUAUCACCAUAAAUCUAAUAUUGGAGAUUGACGCCAAUUUAUUUUCUGAUGAAAUCGGUCGAUUUGAUCAUCCCGUCUGGACUGGCCUUUAAGAAUCGAUUUUCGUCAUGAAUUUUUUAAUAUAAAUAUAUGGGGAGUAAAAUCAAACGUUACGUUAUGUUUCGUGCGCAACUUAUCUGGCGCAUCCCCUGGUAACGACUGCAUGGAAACUAUUUAUUUAUUCAAUGUCAAAUAGGAACUGUCAAUUUGCGGAGUUUUGAUCUUAAAUUGUGUAAUUUAUUUUAUAAUCGUUCAUAAGGAGUAAACUCGAGUCGUGCAUCGGAGAUGACACACACACACACACACACACACACACACACACACACAGUUUUUUAAAGACAUUGACAACGUAUGUGCAUGCGUGAACGAUGAUGUUGACUAGCCUUUUUGGUUGGUACCUACCAGUAAAAUGGGGUGGCUUUAGGAAAAGGGGUUACUUUGAUAGUUUAUUACCAUCAUUCCUUAUAUACUAAAACUGUUCGUGUAACUAGUUAGAUUACUGUAAAUUGAUGUUCGCCUACUGAAAAAAUCCCUAAAUUAAUUUAUGGUUUAAGGACUGAAAUUUCAGUCGCUCCUGCAUUUCAAAGCCACCCCCUACGGCACGUGUCCAUUAUUUUGUCGACAUUUUACUACCUAAAAGCAGGCAGUAAACAGUAAAAAAAAUAUUGCAGUCAAAGGCCAGAUAUUUCGUAACAUGAUUUAUUAUGUGUCUUAGAAUACGGCUGAACAAUAUAAUGAAGCUUUAAAUAGCUUGGCAACUAGUGCGGUAAUUUAACAGUGGUUUGACAAGCUAAACUAAAUGUGCACCUUAGUAUAAAUUGAUGAAUAUUCCAGCUACUGCGGGUGUUUGGCUGAACACACUAUUUUCUUAUGAAAUGACUCGUGUGAAUAUCACGUAUGGUGUAUUAAUAGGAGGUAGCAAUUUAUUAGGCAAAUAAGACCACAAGUACAUACGUAGGUAAUUUUACACAUAUAUACACUUUAAUGUUAUGUAAAAUAUACGACAUCAUGUACCCAGUUAGCAAUUAUGCUUUAUUGUAAUAAUAAAAAAGAACACAUAAGAUCAGCCUACAUUAAACAUACAUAUAUGCAGUUGUCUCUUAUCUUCGUAAGGCCCACCAUGUAACAAAUUUCUAUUUUUAAUUUGAACCUUAUCGUAUAGUAAAUUGGGAUGAAUUUCGUUUGUUUGAGAUGAAAAUUCAACAAAAGAAAUGUUACUGUAUUUGGUUUCUGAAAGGUUCUAAUUUGAUUUGAAACAGGGUGUACAUUUUAAAGCCCAUUGAACCUUACGAGGAUAUACCUACGCACUUUACCCAGUCCAGUUAGAUAGAUAAAGUUUACUUAUUCUAUCUAGAGUUUUCUUGUGACGGAAUCUCUAAAAAGUAAUUUUAAGUAGCUUUAGUAUACGUAGACAUUUACCCUUUCCGACACACAUCACAUAGGUAGCAAUAAAGUGCACGUGUUAUUCAAGCAUAAUAUAAUAGUACAUUACGAUACAAGUGCGAAAAAUAGGAAAUUCGAAACGAGUGGCGAUGAAUUAAAACACGACCGAAGGGAGUGUUUUAAAUCGAGACGAGUUGCGAAUUACCUAUUCGCACAUGUAUCGUACAACGUUUUACAGUACAUAUGGCCCUUUAAACGUUCGACACAGUAACGUAAUAUGCUAAUUUUCGCACUAGUGCUAUAAAGUAGCACCAUAUGUACUGUAAAUAAUAUUUUAUGAUUAUAAAAUGGGGUGACUUUUGGAAAAAAUAGGGUUACUUUGAUAGUUAUUUAAAGGCCAUAAAAUUAGCAUUACCUAUUUUUUUAUUUACUCCUUAGUUGGAUUAGUUACUAUCAUAGUACAUUCAUAAUGAAUUCAUAUUUACCUAGCUACUACAAGUUAAUAUCGCAUUAUUAAAUAUUAUGGCCUAAAACUGAAAUUUCGAAGUCGCCCCAGCAUUCCAAAGUCACCCCGUUAUACGGUACAAUAAGUUAAUGUAGCAUAAUCAAUGAAGUACGUAAGUCAUCACGGGUGCAUAGGAAUGUAAUAGUACAUUACGAUACAAGUGCGAAAAAUAGAAAAUUCGCACAUGUAUCGUACAACGUUUUACAGUACAUAUGGACCUUUACACUUCUGUGUGUGCUAAUUAUCGCACCAGUGCGGUAAAGUAGCGCCAUAUGUACUGUAAAUAUUAAUUAUGGAAUCUUAUUUUAAAAUUAGAUAUAUAUUGGCUUUAUACCCAUCGUAGUAUUUUAAUUUUUACAAAAAAAAAGUUACAAGUAAAACAAAACAAAAAUGUAAUAAGUACAUAUAAAAUAUUACUAAAUAAAUAAUAUUAAUAAUAUAAUAAAUAAGGAAGGAUGCAGAAGGCGGUGAUCUUGGACACGGCGCGGAUAGUCCGGCGGUUCCUCUCUCUGCGGCCCUGACCACCGGCAGCUUGGGCCCCGCCCCGCUGCUGGCGGCACCCUAGGUUAGGUUUUUUAUAAUGUGUUUAUAUGUAUUUUGUAUUGUUUUGCAAGUGCUUUUAUAUUUUACUGUUAUAUUCAUAUUAUAAAUGACCUAGCCUAAGAUCAAAAUUAAAUAAAGAGAAUAAUAAAUAAUAUGAUGAAUAUGUAAAUGACUAUAAGUUCUGCAGCACAUUUUGGAAACUUUAAUCACAGGAGAAUAAACUUAUAUACGAUUUGACUCACACUAGGCCUUCUACCUAUUUGUACAGUAAAUAAUUAACUGAGAACAAAAUGAUAUAAACCGUAAUAUUACGUACGCAUUGCCAUUAUUUUUGAACAACCGGCUUACGUAUAGUAUGAAUUUUCUCAAAUGGUUUUUACGCCUCAGACCCUAAUCUGUUAAUCCUUUUAUGCGAGUGGUCAGCUUCCCUGUUGGCCACGAGGCAAAGCAAUAAUUUCCUUUAAAAAGCAACUAUAUGGUGAUAGAAUUAAGGUUCAAAUCUAUGUAAUUGAGCGCUCGCCUACAUUGAGGUGGUCGAUCGUCCUACAUUACCAAAACAUGUUAUCUUAUGAGCUGUUACAUAGAUCUGAACUUGAAUACUAUCACGAUACAGUUGAUUUUUAAACGGCAUUGUUGCUUUUAUAAGGAGCCAGCCGCUCGCACAAAAGAAACAAUAGCUUUUAUUUAACAGGGUCUUAGACAUAAAAAUCAUUUCAGAGAAUAUAUAAAUCUUAUAUAAAUUAGGUAAAGUAAGCAACUAAAAUAUAAAUAAAAGUUUGUGAUUGCAUUUAUUUAAGAAGGUAUUUAUCGCUGACGAACAUUUUCGAUAUAGCGUAAACUACCCGAUGGUUGGCCCUGUAAAAUAGUUAGUCAUUAGCCCCUAUUUUUGCAGGAAAGUCACGUUGCCUUUCAAAAAGUUCGAAGGGGCCAAUCAUUGGAGGCGAGCCGAUAUUAAUAUAGUUGACCUUAGUUAAAUUAAGUAUGUCUUAUGUAUUGUUAAGCCGCAUGAAGUAUUUCCAAAAAACCAUAUCAUUAUUUAUUAUAUCCUAUCAUGAAUAGUAUUCAUUGACAAUAUAUACCUAUGACAUCUGGACCCAUUACUAUAUGUGCAAGUUUCUUUUUCACAUUUCAAAGCAGAAGCAUUUCGAAAUCACUCCAUAUUUAAGUUAGGAUAUUUAUUUUUUCAGUCCCCGUUAAACGUGUGCAUUUAUUUUCUGAAAUAAAAGUACCGUAAACUAGGUUUAUACUUUGACUCGUGGAUAACAUUAAGGAAUAAGAUACUUAAACCACAUCAUUCAAUUCUUAAGCUCACGUUCAAAAUCCUUCUUACCAGUUUAAUAAUUGUUGAUCAAUGUAACCCCACGAAUUAAAGCCCUACGGUAGUCUCCACUCUGCAGUACUUUGAUAUUUUCUAGAGUGCUCUCUUUAAAUAAUUAUUUAAAUGAACUGUAAUUAUUACGCCAUUAUUUUUAGAGUUUUUAUUUGAUUCCACGUGUUCAUCUUGGAACGUAUAGUCCAUUGAAUAAAAAGUUCUAGAGUGCGUGAGUUAGUAACGUAAGAUGUUUCUUCGGAAACAUGUCAAGAGUCCCUAGGUAAUAAACAUACUAAAACCCCGGGACACUAGGAGGAGCCCCGGAGUGGGGGGAGGGGGGGGAAAGGGUCCAUUUUUUCAUUUUUCGCUUAAAUCUCAAAAACGGUACAUGUUAGAGAAAAACUUUCAAGGAAAAGUUGAAAGGCCAUAAAAUUAUCUACAAGUUGUACCUAAAUCAUUUUUUUCUAUUCCCAGCCGUUUCUGAGUUACACGCAGUAAAAAAUUAUUUUGGCUCAAACAAUUUCCCCAUACUACAUACCCAUGUUUAUCACAUCAAUCGAUCAAAAAAUAUUUCUUUCUUCCAAAAAACUCAAAUGUGCAACUUGUGACCGGUACUGAUAGAUUGCUCUUAAUUAGGUCUAUAAUUGGUAAAAUAAACACAUUCCUCCAUGGAAGCCUUUAGGAGGAAUCGAUUGUCAAAAUAUUAUAUUAGGGUAGUUUGAGUUACUGAACUUGAUCUUUUUAUUUUUUUCUUCCAAAAAACUCAAAAGUGCAACUUGUGACCGGUACAGAUAGAUUGCUCAUAAUUAGAUCUAUCAUUGAUAAAAAUACCAGAUUCCACCACGGAGGCGUUUACGGGGAAUUGAAUUUUAUUAGGGUAGUUACGAUACUUGAACUUUUUAUUUUUUUUCUUCCAAAAAGCUCAAAAGUGCAACUUGUGACCGAUACUGAUAGAUUGCUCUUAAUUAGGUCUAUCAUUGGUAAAAAAAACACAUUCCUCCAUGGAAGCCUUUAGGAGGAAUCGAUUGUCAAAAUAUUAUAUCAGGGUAGUUACGCAACUUGACCUUUUUAUUUUUUUUUCUUCCAAAAAGCUCAAAAGUGCAAUUUGUGACCGGUACCGAUAGAUUGCUCAUAAUUAGGUCUAUCAUUGAUAAAAAAACCAGAUUCCAACAUGGAGGCGUUUAGGAGGAAUUGAAUUUUAUUAGGGUAGUUACGAUAACCCUAAGUUGGUAAAAUAAAGUUUUCGAAUUUUUCACCUUUCAUGGGAUGUAGCUCGAAAACGGCUGGGAAUAGAAAAAAAUGAUUUAGGUACAACUUGUAGAUAAUUUUAUGGCCUUUCAACUUUUCCUUGAAAGUUUUUCUCUAACAUGUACCGUUUUUGAGAUUUAAGCGAAAAAUGAAAAAAUGGACCCUUUCCCCCCCUCCCCCCACUCCGGGGCUCCUCCUAGUGUCCCGGGGUUUUAGUAUGUUUAUUACCUAGGGACUCUUGACAUGUUUCCGAAGAAACAUCUUACGUUACUAACUCACGCACUCUAGACCCCCCUUGGAGGGACUCAUUCAAUGGACUAGUAAGUGAUAGCUCUUAAAAGUUAUACGUACAAGUGUGUCUAACAGUCCGAUUCGAACUUUAAGAUACGUCAAAGUUUUGCUAAAGAUACGAUAUGUCCAUGUCAAAAUUGAUGUUUUUUUUUGAAGAAACGUCAGUUUUUUGACGUAUCUUAACAUUCGAAUCGGGCUGACAGUACAUGUCAUUUUCAAACUUAAGUCGUUAACAAUAGAAAUGACAGCAGAGUGUUAUCUAUUGGGUAUCAGUAUGUCGAGUACUGGGGCACUUACCUUAUAAUUUUUUUUUGAUUCAAGACAUUUGUACAUUUAUUUUUACAAUUUAUGUCAAAGUUUAACGAUAAAUUGUUAAUCUAGUAUUUAUUUAGAUCUCGACGCACAAUGCAAAACAAAAAGUAUUCGUUUUUUAAUUAGAAGCAAAUUGGAAUGGAAUUAUUUUCUAAAAAUAUUUUACAACUUAUAAUUUUGUUGUUUAUUUAAAGUUUGUGUACAUAGUUCUAAGCAUCCAUACGUACCUAUUAUGUUUUACGCCGAUUUUUGUUUAUUUGUACUUAAUAAUUAUAUAAAAAUAAGCAUACCUAACACAUACAUUUUUGUAUACAAUACAAAUACUCUUCAUUGCACACCUCAAUACAGAAACAGUACAAAUAAUACAACACAUAAAUAUUGAUAUUGUACUCGAAUAAUAAUAUACAUAAAAUAACCAACCCGGUUGUAAUAAUUGCAAUAAUAAUGUUUUUUUUUAAUCUAAUUGUUUCUAAAUAGUCUGUUAUUAGAGUCCACGAAAGAUCCCGUUUUAGCCAAGGAGUGCUUUGUCGCUUUUAGUUCCCCUACCAUACACUCCACUCACAUCCAAUACUCACGUAUCACUUGGUUGAAAUAGUGCCAUGAAUAUUGUAAGCAAAAAUGUAAUCGAACAAAACUAUUGUAUUGAUACUGGAUAGACAAAACAAUGUUCAAUUUAAUGUUUGUCUGUACCAGCGUAUAGUUCGUGUCAUCCACGAUAACGCGCAGAUUUGUCAAAUGUAACCUUUAAUAAUAUGACAAUACGAGUCAAGGCACGCGUCGGCGUAAAUGGCAUAGAUCCUGUUGGUUAACCCUUUGAACGCAUUGACAUAUACUAAGGACGGGCCUUACGGACAAUAAGACUGGGGCCAGUACAGCGGUGUCACGCACACGAAUUCGAGCCAAUCGUGCAGUCUAAGGCCGCAACGCGAUUGGUUGACGAGUUCGCAUCACGCGCGCGAUUGGCCGCUACUAGUUGCGUUAGACUACACGAUUGGCUCGGAUUAGAGAGUGUCACCACUGAACUAGCGCCAUUCUUAGUGCCCGCAAGGCCCGUCAAUAUGUCAAUAUAUGUCAAUGUUUGAACGCCACGCCUAUCGUGCGCGUCAGUUGAUGUCUUUGGCGGUCAAAGGCUUAAGAGGAAAGGGGACGGCCGCUUCUCCAUACAAACGAAGUCCCCAUUUUCGUCUCUGGAUAUUGACAUUAUCGGAAGUAUUUUUUACAUAAUUUGAUGCAUGUUAACAAUAGCUAUGCCCUACGUUUGAUUUUUUGAUUAUUGUAAAAAAUAGGAGCGGAGUUAUCAUAAAAAAAUUGAAUGCAAUGAAUUUAACUCUUAAUAAUUAAUAAUUCAAAAAAAAAAAAUGGCCGGGAUCGAUAUACAACAAAUUGUGUCAAAAUAUUUUCAGUAAUGUUUAUUAUCCAGAGAGGAAAAUGAGGAAUACGUUUGUAUGAAAAGGCGAUUUCACGCGCGUCCUCCACUUUCGUCUUAACUUCUUAAGUACUAUUUUUUUGUAUUAAUAAAUUGACAGAUCGAUUAUACAUAUAUAUAUAUAUAUAUAUAUAGCUAAUACAAACCCAUAUAUUUACAGAUAUGUCGGCACAUGUCCAAGUCAUAUGAACUGCUCAAAUCAUAACUCACUUUUUUCUUUACUUUCGUUACUAACAGUCGGAUAUCGAAGCGAUUCAUAUAAUUGAUUGUUCUUAGGUAGCUGUAAUUCGAAUACAUCAAGAGCCAAUAUUAUAAUGUUUAAUUUAACAUGUUCACUGUCCCAAUUUUUACUGUUAACCUGACGGCUUUGUAAGAGGCUUGCCGUGACCCAUAUACGGGGCACGGACAGUGAACGUGUUAGUUUUGUAUAGUGGAAUGAAAUGGAACAAAAUAGUAAUCACCGAUAUAUUAUACACAAUGAUGUUUUAGUGAGCUGUGUGCUGCAUUUUUGUGUUGCAAAUAAAGUAUUUAUAAAAA